AGUCAUCCUACUGUAUGAGUGACUGACUUACAGUAUAGUAAGGCAAAGCAAACUAUUUUACACUCCAGAAAUUACAUCCUUUUUGGACCACCAAGCUGAACUUUAUUGGUAUGAAUCAAGAGGUCUGUGUUCAUUCAUAUGUGCAUGUCUAAAGCUCCGCCUCUUCUAUAUUGUCCUUGUAUGUCAAUGCUGUCUCCACCUCUUGUGAUCUCAAGAUUUAAUUAAGAAUCGGACCAAGUGAUGUUUUACAGGCACACAGUCGAGGUGAUGCCGUCUCCGCGCGUGUCUUUCCAACAGAGCACAAGAGCUGUAGCCUCCACAAGCUUCAUUCAUCUGAACUCUUCAAACACACCGCCUCUUUGAUGAUGUUCAGCCAAUGAGCCAUCUAAUCUGACUUUCGCAUUGUCUUGUAAAAAUCUUUCAGACCUGACCUACUACAAAGCUACAACCUACAGAUUUCCAUCAAUAUGGAGGACCACCAUUGCGGAGACUCCUUGUUCCCAACUUCCACCCUCAUUCCGGUCACCAUCAUCUGCCUCCUCCUUUUCGUCGUGGGUGUGACCGGCAACACCAUGACCAUCCUCCUCAUCCAGCGUUUUAAGGAUAUGAAGACAACUACCAACCUUUACCUCUCCAGCAUGGCCGUUUCGGACUUGGUCAUCUUCCUCAGCCUGCCCUUUGACCUCUACCGUCUCUGGAAGUACGUCCCGUGGGUCUUCGGCGAGCUCGUGUGCCGUCUGUCACACUACAUCAACGAAGGUUGCACCAACGCUACCAUCCUUCACAUAAUGGUGCUGAGCAUGGAGCGAUACUUGGCCAUCUGCUUUCCUUUCAAAGCCAAGGCAGCCAUCACCAAGCGUAGGGUCAAGUACGUCAUUCUUGCACUGUGGGGAUUUGCGCUGCUCUCCGCCGCACCAAUGUUCUUCUUGAUGGGUGUGGAAUAUGAGAACGAGACCAUGCCUGACCCAAAUACACGCCAGUGCAAGCACACGCGCUACGCCAUCGACUCGGGACUUCUUCACACCACUAUCUGGGUGUCAACUGCAUACUUUUUUUGCCCCAUGUUCUGUCUGCUCUUCUUGUACGGGUCCAUUGGCCGCAAGUUGUGGAAGAGCCGUCACGAGCUUCACGGGCCUAAUGCGGAAGCCAGGCAGAAGGUUCACAGACAGACCGUCAAGAUCUUGGCUGUUGUUGUGUUAGUCUUUGCAAUCUGCUGGCUGCCCUACCACAUCGGUCGAUUUCUCUUCACAAAUGUAGACGACUACCACUCGGCCCGGCUCAGUCAGGAUUUCAACGUGGCCUCCAUGGUCCUGUUCUACCUCAGCGCCUCGAUUAACCCCGUUCUCUACAACCUCAUGUCCAACAAGUACCGCUCCGCCGUCAAACGUCUCUUUAUGCUGCCUCGUAGACUCCAUCGCAGACCCGACCAGAGACAUCUCUCAUCUCGUGAUGACAUCACAGCCUGCACAGAGACUUUCACCGGGAUUAAAGAGACCAUCAUCAGUACGGUGUCUCAUUAAGGAACCGGCUGAAGAGGAUUACGGAAACCCGGUAUAUAUAUAGGAACGUGUCCGUGUCGUGUGGCUCUGAUUGAUGAGAUCUGGAAUAUUGUGUGACUGAAUAGAGAAGUAGGAAAGACUGCAAGCGUUGUGCUGUGAUUGAUAGUGCUGAUAUGACUCAUAAAUGAAUUAUUUACUGUUUUGAUUUGGGGUUAUUACACACGGAAAUGAUGGAUGACUGCUUCGGCGGUAAUAAGUGAAAAACAUGCCUAGAUCUAUGUUGUGGAAUUUGUAAUAUAGAUUUUUGUAUAACCUACUCCAUCAAUUAGAUGUUUUAUAGCUGUGGUUAUUUAAAAGUAUACGGCAUAAUAUUGAGAAAAGU